GGGCCCCGGCCCCGGAGAUGACGCUCGAGUCCGGCAGCGGCGUUGGCGACGGAGGCGACAGCGGCAGCGGCCUGCGCACUGCGCUCUCCGACCUCUUCCUGGAGCAGCUGCUGCGGAACCGCGGAGGCCGCGGAGAUGAGGCGCCUUCAGACCGGGCCGAGGAUGGGGCCGUGCGCACCAAUGGCUCCGUGGACCCCGGGGAGGUGGAGGAGGAGGCAGCUCGCGGGGUCCGCGUCGUGCGGUUCGAGAAGAGCGCGGAGCCCAUGGGCAUCACCCUGAAGCUGAACGACAAGGCCGCGUCCUGCACCGUGGCCCGGAUCCUGCACGGCGGCGCCGCCCACAGGCAAGGCUCCCUGCACGUCGGGGACGAGAUCCUGGAGAUCAACGGCACGGACGUCACGGGCCGCUCGGUGGACCAGCUGCAGAGGGCCAUGAAGGAGACACGGGGGACGAUCUCGCUGAAGGUGAUUCCCCGCCAGCAGAGCCGCCUUCCCGCGCUGCAGAUGUUCGUGCGGGCGCAGUUCGACUAUGACCCCCAGAAGGACGACCUCAUCCCCUGCAAGGAGGCGGGGCUCGCGUUCUCCACGGGCGACGUCAUCCAGGUCAUCAACAAGGACGACAGCAACUGGUGGCAGGGACGCGUGCAGGGCAACGCCCGGGGGUCGGCGGGGAUCCUCCCCUCGCCCGAGCUGCAGGAGUGGAGGGCGGCGAGUGCGGCCCAGGCGGCCCCGGCCGAGGCCCCCAGCUGCAGCCCCUUCGGGAAGAAGAAAAAGUGCAAGGACAAGUACCUGGCCAAGCACAGCGCGAUCUUCGACCGCCUGGACGUCGUCUCCUACGAGGAGGUCGUGCGGCUCCCCGCGUUCAAGAGGAAGACACUGGUGCUCAUCGGGGCCAGCGGGGUCGGGCGGAGCCACAUCAAGAAUGCGCUGCUCGCCCAGAACCCGGAGAGGUUCGCCUACCCCGCGCCGCACACCACGAGGCCCCCGCGGAAGGGCGAGGCGGACGGCGCCGAGUACCACUUCGUCUCAGCGGAGGAGAUGGCGCGGGGCAUCGCGGCCAACGAGUUCCUGGAGUUCGGCAGCUUCCGGGGCGACAUGUUCGGGACCAGGCUCGACGCCGUGCGCCGCAUCCACGAGUGCGGCCAGGUCGCCGUCCUGGACAUCGAGCCCCAGACCCUGAAGGCAGUGCGCACCGCUGAGCUCUCGCCGUUCAUCGUCUUCAUCGCACCUACGGACCAGGGCGCCGAGACCGAGGCCCUGCGCCAGCUCCGCGCCGACUCCGACGCCAUCCGGGGCCGCUACGCCCACCUCUUCGACCUCUGCCUGGUGCACAACGGCGUGGACGAGACGCUAGGGCGCCUGUGCGAGGCCUUCGACCGCGCGUGCGCCGACCCGCAGUGGGUGCCCGUGUCCUGGGUCUACUGAGCCACGCCCCCUCGCUUCGCGGAGGCCGCCGGCGCCAUCUUGGAUUCGGCACCGACGCCGACCACUGAGCCACCUCCCCAUCUUCAAUCGAUUACAAAUCGGCACGAUUGUUUCAUUGAGCGCUAACCACUGAGCUGCCUCCCCAGUCCCCCUCCUCGCUUCAGGCCGCGGACGCCAUCUUUGAUCCGGUGGCGGCGGCGCCGACCACUGAGCUGCCUUCGCAGCUGCGACGCCCCCUUUAAUCGAUCAUAAAUCGGU